AGCACCGCCUCCCCAUUUGGCAAACGCGAAGACCCUAAACACUACGACACUGCUCAGAGAAGGUAUCGUAAUAUACUGGGGGCAGAGAGAACCCCUGCAAGAUGUUUAGCCCGCAGAUAUUAGAGACGCCAGCCGUGGUUUUUGACAAUGGGUCUGGGCUCUUUAAGGCAGGCCUCUCGGGAGAAAUCGGGCCAAGGUACAUCAUCACAACUGUCAUUGGCCAGUCGAGGUUCAAUGAGUCAAACACUGGGGCCAGUCAGAAGAAAUAUUACAUGGGUGAAGAAGCCUUGUGUAAGCAGGAGGACCUGACUUUGAAACAUCCGAUUGAGCGUGGCCUGGUCACAUCUUGGGAGGACCUGGAGUUGCUUUGGAAGCACAUGUAUGAGUGGGAGAUGGGAGUCCAAGCCAGCGAGAGGCCCAUCCUUGUGACGGAGCCGCCCCUUAACCCCAGGGAGAAUCGGGAGACGAUGGCAGAGCUGCUAUUCGAAAGCUUCAAGGUGCCGGCUCUAUACUUUUCUGAUCAAGCCGUGCUGGCCCUGUAUGCCUCGGCCUGCAUCACAGGGCUCGUGGUGGACAGCGGCAGUGGCCUGACCCGCUCGGUCCCCAUCUUCGAGGGGUAUCCCUUGCCCCACGCAGUCUCCAAACUGCAUCUGGCGGGAAAAGACUUGACUGGCUACCUCCUCAGGCUGCUUCUGCAGAGCGGCCACUCCCACCCGUGGCCUGUGGAUGAGAGCAUAGCGGAGGACAUCAAAGAGAAGCUGUGCUACGUGGCCCUUGAUCCAGACAAGGAGCUGGGCAGGACACCAGAGGAAGUCACGAAGGAUUAUAAAUUGCCCAGUGGGCAAGUGAUUCAAAUUGGCAAGCAGCUGUUCUUAGGUCCUGAGGCCCUCUUUGCCCCUGACCAUCUGGGAAUCCAAGGCCCGGGGCUAACCAACAUGGUGACUGACAGCAUCGCAAAGUGCAACUCGGACAUCCAGAGGACCCUGUACAAGAAUAUUUUUCUCUCAGGUGGGUCUUCCCUCUUCCCCGGGCUCCAGGACCGGCUUCUCAGGGAACUAGAGAUUCAGAUCGCCAAGGGAACCCACCUGAAGAUCAAAGCUCCGCCCGAUAGAUGGUUCUCAACCUGGAUUGGGGCAUCAAUCGUGACCUCUCUUGCCAGCUUCAAGCAGAUGUGGGUCACCAUCUCGGACUAUAAAGAGAUUGGCUCGACUGUGGUCCAGAGAAGAUGCUUUUAAGUCACAAAUGGGCAUGAGAAAAACUAAAGUGCAAUCAGUAAGGCAAUGAGACAUAUGUUGAAGGCUUGCGGUAGGCUGGACAACAAAUAAAAGAGGAGAGAAAUCUCCAAUG